AUGACUCGUCCUUCAAAACAAGCCCGCCACUUAAAAAAAGCACGAGAAAUAGAAGCUCAAAAGUUAAAUGCAAAGAAAGAUGACAAGAAAAGAAAAGUCAAUGAGAUUAUAGAUGAAAUGGAUGAAUCAAAACUUGAUAAUACUUUAAAUUUAAUAACAAAUCUAAUGGAAUCAAGCAAAGAAAGAAUUAAUUUAAUUUCUUCAGUUCAACAAUUAUCUGAAGAAGAGAUUCCAGCCGCAGAUCAUCUCAUCAAAACCAUGUGUGGACCAAAUGAAUCCAAACUUAUUUCUCCUUACCUUCAAAAUAAGGCAUAUGAAUAA